AAAAAUAUGGAAAAUUAAAAAAACUAUAAUUUCUAUUUUGUGACAAGAAAAACCAAACAAAAAAAAACAACAAUGAAUUGCUUCAGUGCCAUCAGUGUUCCCACUCUCGGCGAAAUGGAACAAACUAUUUGCAUGCUCGAGCGAGGAACCAUCGUUACCAAGCUCUUCUCCAAACAUCGCCCCGAGCAAAAGAAAUUGAUACUUGUUCGUGAAACAAGACAACUUCUCUGGUCGCCUGUUAAUUCAAAUACUCGCACAGAUUUUGAAGGUUCAUUAGAUUUGCGCGAGGUAAAGGAAAUUCGUGUUGGAAAGAAUUCCAAAGAAUUUCGUAAUUUUGCCGAAGAAACUAAGAAAUUCGAGACUGCCAAAUGUUUUGUUGUUCUUUAUGGUAGUUCUUUCAAGCUUAAGACAUUCUCAAUUGUUGCUCUGAGCGAACAAGAAUGCGAAAAUUGGGUUAGAGGGUUAAAGUAUAUGGUUCAGGACACUAUUAUUGCUCCUUAUCCAUUGCAAGUUGAACGCUGGCUUCGGCGGGAAUACUAUGCCAUUGAGAAUACUAAUCAGCAUUCCAAAGAAGGCAUUAAUGUCACAGUAAAAGAUUUUAAAGCAUUCCUAGCCGGAGUCAGUUGCAAAAUGACGACGGGAAAGUUAAUGGAUUUCUUUUCCGAAGACGACAUUCGUCGCAAAUGCGAUCUGAGAUUUGAUGACUUCUCUCGAUUGUAUUGUCGUCUUCUUGUACCGACGACAUUUGUUUCUGAUUGCUUUCUUGACAAUCAGUGUAAAUAUUCCAGUGACUCGGAAACUGUGAGUCUUCGAGAGUUCAAGAAAUUCCUUCUAACCGAACAGCAAGAUCCAAUGGGUCAUGACGACAUAAUGGCUUCCAACUUUGUUCGUGAUUUCAUACAAGACAUCGAACGUGAUGUCCAAGAGCCAUAUUUCACUAUAUUCGAAUUUCUUGAUUUCUUAUUUUCAAAACAAAAUGAUUUAUGGGAUCGUAAUUGUGACAAAAUUUACAUGGAUAUGAAACAAUCUAUGUCGAAUUAUUGGAUUGCAUCGUCACACAAUACUUAUUUGACUGGCGAUCAGUUUUCGAGUGAGUCGUCGACUGAAGCUUAUGCUCGGGCUCUUCGUAUGGGUUGUCGUUGUAUUGAAUUGGAUUGUUGGAAUGGUCCAGAUAAUUUGCCAUAUAUCUUUCAUGGACAUACGAUGACUUCGAAAAUAAAAUUUAAAGAUGUUAUUAAAACAAUUAAGGAACAUGCAUUUGUGACGUCGGAAUUUCCGGUGAUUUUGUCGAUUGAGCAGAAUUGUUCGUUGGAACAGCAGAGGAAUAUGGCGCAAGCAUUGACUGAGGUCUUUGGAGACAUGUUGCUAACCCAACGUUGCGACCGUCUCGAAACUCAAAUGCCAUCGCCAUAUCAACUUAGACGAAAAAUAAUCCUUAAACACAAAAAACUUCCCGAAUACGAAGAUGGCUCAAGUUUGAGCAGUGUUGGUGGUGGCUCUGGAGUUUCCAUACGCUCUUCAGAUGACAAUGAAAACACCCGCAAUGUCAUCAAAGAAGGCAUGCUCUACUACAAAGAUCCAGUGGAUAAAUCAUGGAAUAUCUAUCACAUUGUUCUCACCCAACAAGAACUAAUCUAUUCCUCUGAGACUGAUGAAAAUCGUGACGAAGAACACGAACACUCCUCGUCAUCAUUAAUGCCAAAGCCCAAAGAAAAUCUAGUCAAUGAUGAAUUGCAUUUCGGUGAAAAUUGGUUUCAUGGUAAGUUGGAGGGAGGCCGUCAGGAAGCUGAUACUCUGCUAGAUGCUUAUAAACAUCUUGGCGAUGGAACAUUCCUUGUCCGUGAAUCGGCUACAUUUGUAGGAGAUUAUAGUCUUUCAUUUUGGCGUCGAAAUCGACCCAAUCAUUGUCGUAUUAAGUUGAAACAUGAAAAUGGAAUGACCAAGUACUAUCUGGUUGAUAAUUUCAUUUUUGAUAGUCUAUACAGUCUGAUUGUGUACUAUCGCAAAAAUAUGCUCCGUAGUUCAGAGUUUUCCAUCACACUGAAAGAACCAGUGCCACAACCAAAGAAACACGAAACCCAAGAGUGGUUUCAUCCGAAUACCACCAAAGAACAAGCUGAACAAGUACUUAUAAAAUUAGAUGUUGGGUCAUUUCUUGUUCGUAAUAGUGUACAGAAUGCCAAUGCUUUUGUCAUCUCCUUCACCAUCAACCGAAAAGUCAAACACUGUCGAAUUCUUCAGGAGGGACGGCUCUAUGUUGUCGAUACGACACAAUUUGAGAGUCUUGUUAGCCUGGUUAACUAUUACACUCGAAAUCCGCUCUACAGGAAUGUGAAAUUGCUCUAUCCUGUAUCGCAAGAGCUUUUGAAGCAAAAACUGUUAGCUUGUCAAGUGUCAUUGGUAAAUGAAACUAAUGGCAGUGAUUUUAACGAUGCAUCCAGCUACAUGGAUCCUAGUUUGGAUGAUCGUGUGACUUGUAAGGCUCUAUACAGCUACAAGGCUGAUAAACCUGAUGAAUUGUCAUUCCCAAAACAUGCGAUUAUAACUAAUGUCCAGAGAAAUAAUACAAUGUGGUGGCGAGGGGAUUAUGGGGGAAUGAUUCAGCGCCAUCUACCGGCAAAUUAUGUCAAAGUAAUUGAUGCUUCAAGUGAUGAAUACAAUUGCUUUGUAGGAGACGAAGGUAGCAUCAGUGAAAGCUUUUCCCGUACUGAUUCUAUUGAGAUCCAUGGAGCCAUUGCAAAUCUCUAUGAAUCCAACGAGGAAGGUAUCUUAGUGAAAAUGCACAUUCAAACCCCUACAAUGCAAAAUGCCCUAGUUAUUGGCUUUGAUAAUCAAGAACAAGCUGUUGAGUGGAUAAAGGCUAUUCAAGAGGCAGCUCAGAUUGCCAAUCAAUUGGCUACGGAGAGGAGAAAAAAGGAACGCAGUGCAAGAGUUGCCAAAGAAAUGUCAGAUCUUAUAAUUUACUUUAGAAGUGUUCCGUUCAAAGAGCACGGUUGGGUAUUUUAUGAAAUGUCCAGUUUCCCAGAGACGAAAGCAGAAAAACAAUUUCUCCAGCAAAAUCUGCAACUCUUCCUGGCCUAUCAUCGUAAUCAAAUAAGUCGUGUGUACCCCAAGGGACAACGUUUGGAUUCAUCGAAUUUCAAUCCUGUACCAUUUUGGAAUGUGGGCUCUCAAAUGAUUGCCCUAAACUAUCAAACUGGCGACAAGGCAAUGCAAAUGAAUCAGGCCAAAUUCCGAGAUAAUGGCAAUUGUGGAUAUCUUUUGAAGCCUAAAUUCAUGUGUGUCGAUGGUUUUGAUCCAAAUAAUCCACUUACUAUCAGCCCAGCUGAAGAAAAGAUCAUAACAAUUCGAAUAAUUGGUGGUCGACAUUUGUUCCGAGGUGGAAAGAGCAAUAAUCCCCUCGUUGUUGUUGAAAUAAUCGGUGCGAGCUUUGACAGUGGCAUCAAACAUAAGACUAAAGUCAAUGAUAAUGGAUACAAUCCAGUGUGGAAUGAAAUUUGCGAGUUUUCUGUUCGUAAUCCUCAUUUUGCAUUAUUACGAUUCGAAGUACAAGAUGAGGAUAUGUUUGCUGAAACACAUUUUAUAGCUCAAGCGGUUUAUCCUGUAAAUUGUAUAAGAACUGGUUAUAGAAGUGUUAUAUUGAGAAAUAAGUUUAGUGAAGAACUCGAACUAUCAUCGCUUUUAAUACACAUAUCGGUUAUAAAUGGAAGCUCCUUGAGGGGUAUUUGAUUUUUAUUUAAGAAAUAUUUGCAAAACUAAAAAAAAAAAUGAGCAAAAUCAAAAUGAUCAAAAUAUAUAUAUUUUUUAAGAUUUCCUAACAAAAUUUAUUAUGUAGGGUAGUAUACACUUAACAGUAUCUUUGCAUUUUAUAUACAUAUUUGUUUUCGUUCGUAAAUAAUCUCUUAGUAUGUUUUAGCUUAGAACAAAAAAAAAAUGAGAUAAAGUUAAUGUCGAAGCAUUUGCAACUAAACACAUCAAAAAAAAAACUUCCUAAUUAUGCUUGAGACUUAAGAUUAAUCUAUCAUAGAUGGGGAGGGUAGUAAUAAGUACGCCUUCAUUAUAAAAAAUAAUUAUUAAAUGUUGUCUGCCUAAACAAAAGUAUAUAUUUACAAUUUGUAAAAAGAGAAAAUAUUUGCAAGGGAAAGUAAUUUCCUUAGAAAAUUUUAGUUAAAAAAAAAUUAUAUCGGAAGCACAUACUGUACUGAGUACUGUCAGACAAAAUAAAGUGAAAAACAUUCUUAAUCAUUACUUUUUGUACAGAAAAAUCGAAUGCGGAAAGCAAAUUGUUUUAGCUCCAUAGAAUUUGUUAGAAUCUUAGAACAAUUUUGCUUUCGCCGACGAAAAGUUUUUGUUCCAGUUUUUAAAUAUUAAAUAAAUUGAAAAUUUGGGCACAGCGCAAUCUAUUGUAAAAUAUUUGGCAUGUUCAAAAUGUUUCAAAAAACGCUCGUGAAAAAGCUGUAUAAAAUAUCAACAUAUUUAAUGUUGUAAGAGCUUAUAUGACAAACAUUCAACUUCACGAGCGUUAAUAAAGACAAAGCAUCAUAAGUAUGAGUCUUUUCAGUUGAUAUAUGAACUCGCUUAAAACUUUAAAUUUUCGAAUGCAAUGCGGAUUUACGUAAGGAAACUUCCCAUUUUUAUUUUUUUUUUAUUGUACUUUCAAAGUGCUGUUCUUGAGAGUUUGUCUAGCAGUGACAGAACAAACAUUUUCUUUUGUACUAUAGAUAAGAUAUUACGUUUUGAGAUUGCAUAAGUAGUUUUGCAAAAAAAAAAUCGGACUCAGUACUCAAAAAUCCUUUAGAAAAGUAUGGUUCUGUUCAAGCUCUAUUUUCUUUGCCGACCUAACUAUGUAUUUUUUUUUUUUUUGCUACUUUCGCAUCUGUUCGAAAGUUAAUUUCAAUUAUACUUCCUCGUCAAACUGCGUGUCUUAAAUGAAUAAUAACAAUCUUAAUCUUCCAAAUAAAACCUAAUAAAAGAUUUGACAUGACUGGAGCUGUAUAAUUUUCAUUUUUUACAGAAUUACAGAGAUACAUUUUUUGCGAAUUCGAACACAUUUUUUGUAGAAUCGAAUUACAUAGUUGGGCCCCAAUG